UAUUUUUUCGAAGUUUUCCAUAUAUUUACUUCUCAAUGGUAGUCUUAUGUUUUCAUCUCUUAUAUUCUUGAAGCAUACACUUUAUGUCUGUAACACCCACCGAUAAAAGAAAGUACCCAUCGCUCUUGUCCAAAUUUUCAUAUCCUUUUAUAGUAUAAAGUUCUGAACUUUUCUCUUAUCUUAUCGCAGACGUAAGAUCUUUAUGAACUCUAGGUGUUUCUUAUUUUUGUCAUUAUGUUGUCUCGAUCUUGUUUCAAUUUGCUAAAUUUUGACCAGUAUCUCUACAGUGUUGAUCGGGCCAGAAUCCCAAGAGUCAUGACUUUUCCAGGGAUUAUAUCAGAAUUUGAUGAGGAGGGCUUAGAAGGGAAUAAUAGUAAUGUUGAGGUGGAUAAUGAAUAUGAGAGAAGAAUCAUUGUUGCCAACCAGUUGCCAGUCAAAGCUUAUAGGAAUUCUGAAACCAAGAAAUGGUGCUUUGAAUGGGACAGAUAUGCGUUGGACACUUUGAUUUUGCAGCUCAAAGAUGGGUUUUCACCAAAUGUAGAGAUUAUAUAUGUGGGGUGUUUGAAAGCAGAGGUUGAUCCCUCAGAACAAGAUGAAGUGGCUCAAUUUCUGUUGGACAAGUUUAGGUGUGUGCCCACUUUCUUGCCUUUGGAUUUAAUAAACAAGUUUUAUCAUGGUUUUUGCAAGCACUAUCUAUGGCCUUUGUUUCAUUACAUGUUGCCUGUAACACCUAGCCAUGGAGUCAGGUUUGACAAGUCUAUGUGGCAGGCUUAUGUCUCAGCAAACAAGAUUUUUGCUGAUAAGGUUUAUGAAGUGAUCAAUCCAGAUGAAGAUUAUGUAUGGAUUCAAGAUUAUCACCUUAUGGUCCUGCCUACUUUCUUGAGGAGAAGGUACAAUAGAGUAAAGGUUGGGUUUUUUCUUCACAGUCCUUUUCCAUCAUCUGAAAUAUACCGAACAUUGCCUGUUAGGGAAGCGAUUUUGAGGGCUUUAUUGAAUUGUGAUCUUGUAGGCUUUCAGACAUUUGAUUAUGCUAGGCAUUUCUUAUCAUGUUGUAGUAGGAUGUUGGGCUUGGACUAUCAAUCCAAGAGGGGUUAUAUUGGUCUUGACUAUUAUGGUAGAACUGUGACCAUUAAAAUCCUUCCAGUUGGUAUUCACAUGGGACAGCUCCAAAAUGUUAUGUCACUACCAGACACUGGAAAGAAAGCAAAGGAGUUGAAAGAAAAAUAUGAGGGGAAAAUUGUGAUGUUAGGUAUUGAUGAUAUGGACAUGUUUAAAGGAAUUGGUCUAAAGUUUCUGGCAAUGGGGAGGCUUCUAGAUGAGAGCCCUGUCUUGAGGGGUAAAGUGGUAUUAGUUCAGAUAACCAACCCUCCUAGAAGUAAAGGUAGUGAUGUCCAAGAGGUUCAAAAAGAGGUCAACAGAAUUGCAAGUGAAAUUAAUAAAAAAUAUGGCAAACCGGGGUACAAGCCGAUUGUUUGUAUCAAUGGUCCAGUUUCUACCCAAGACAAGAUUGCACAUUAUGCAAUCUCUGAGUGUGUUGUUGUUAAUGCUGUUAGAGAUGGGAUGAACUUGGUGCCUUAUGAGUAUACGGUCUCUAGGCAGGGAAGCGAUAAUCUGGAUAAGGCCUUGCAGCUAGAUGGUUCUGCAGCUUCCAGGAAAAGUGUGAUUAUUGUAUCUGAAUUCGUUGGGUGCUCGCCAUCUCUUAGUGGUGCAAUCCGUGUAAAUCCUUGGAAUAUUGACAGUGUAUCUGAGGCUAUGGGUUUGGCAGUGACCAUGCCAGAUCCAGAGAAAGAAUUGCGCCACGAGAAGCAUUACAAAUAUGUUUCUUCUCAUGAUGUGGCAUAUUGGGCUAGGAGUUUCGAUCAGGACCUUCAAAGAGCUUGUGCCGAGCAUUAUCACAAGAGAUGUUGGGGCAUUGGUUUUGGUCUGGGCUUCAGGGUUGUUGCCCUCGAUCCUAAUUUCAGGAAGCUUUCGGUGGAACACAUUGUCUCUGCUUACAACAGGACAAACAGCAGGCUUAUCUUGCUCGACUACGAUGGUACCAUGAUGCCUGAGGAUAAGGUGAAUAAAGCUCCUGGUGAAGAAGUCAUCUCAGUUUUGAAUGGUUUAUGCAGUGAUCCAAAGAAUGUCGUUUUUAUAGUGAGUGGCAGAGGUAAGGAUUCUUUGAGUCAGUGGUUAUCUCCAUGUCCAAGACUCGGGCUAUCAGCUGAACAUGGUUAUUUUACAAGGUGGAGUAAGGAUUCGGAGUGGGAAUCACGUCCGAUAGCUGCAGACAUGGACUGGAAAAGGGUAGCACUUCCUGUUAUGGAGCAUUAUACAGAGGCAACAGAUGGUUCAUCAAUAGAGCAAAAGGAGAGUGCCCUGGUAUGGCAUCAUCAAGAAGCCGACCCUGACUUUGGUGCUUGGCAAGCAAAAGAGCUGCUUGAUCACUUGGAGAGUGUACUAGCUAAUGAACCUGUGCUUGUGAAAAGAGGUCAACACAUAGUUGAGGUGAAACCACAGGAUAUAAGCAAAGGCAUUGUUGUUGAGAGUCUGAUCGCGUCAAUGAAGAGCAGAGGGAUGCCACCGGAUUUUGUUUUGUGUAUAGGCGAUGACAGAUCAGACGAAGACAUGUUUGAGAGCAUUGCAAGUCAUGUGUCCAACCACUUUUUGCUUGAUAAAGCAGAAGUGUUUGCUUGCACUGUUGGUCAGAAACCAAGCAUGGCCAAAUACUAUCUUGAUGAUACAGUUGAAGUUUUAAAAAUGCUUCAAGGCCUUUCAGCAGCAACUGCAGCAGCACCACGGCAAUUGCCUAUGUUAGAAUAGUCAUGUAAAUAGGAGUAAAUAAAUAACCCUAAUCCAAUAUAUGUUAGGAGUAGGACAUGUUA